UCGUGCUGGCGGUUGUAUGAGGAUGCUCGCGGUUGGCCUCGCGCAAGAACCAAGUAGUGAUACGGCGGUUCUGGAGCUUCUGCCCCGCCUGCCUCAGUGAGUGGACGGGGAACGGGAAACGACAGAAUAUUCCGAGUAAAAUGAAUGAAAAUAAACCUGAUGACUCACAGACUCUUGGUCCUUGGUUCUCGUCACUUUUGAGUAUUUCCUGCCAGUCCCUUGUGGCCUGCAAAGUUUCCGUUGAGAAAUCAGCUGAUAGUCUUAUUGGAGCUCCCUUGCAGCUUGUGUUUUCUGUCGAAAGAAUGAUGACUGUCCUAAUAAAUAUGGAGAAAAGAAAACUAAGGAGAAAUGGAAUCUCACUGUACAUUACUAUUGUUUGUUGAUGUCAAGUGGAAUUUGGCAGAGAGGUAAAGAAGAAGAAGGAGUUUAUGGUUUUCUAAUUGAAGAUAUCAGGAAAGAAGUGAAUAGAGCUUCUAAACUGAAAUGCUGUGUUUGUAAGAAAAAUGGUGCUUCAAUUGGAUGUGUUGCACCUCGAUGUAAACGAAGUUAUCAUUUCCCAUGUGGACUUCAGAGAGAAUGUAUUUUCCAAUUCACUGGCAAUUUUGCGUCAUUUUGUUGGGACCAUCGACCUGUUCAAAUAAUUACAUCUAAUAAUUAUAGUGACUCCUUACCAUGUACCAUUUGCUUGGAAUUUAUUGAGCCUAUUCCAACUUAUAACAUAUUACGAAGUCCUUGUUGUAAGAAUUCUUGGUUUCAUAGAGACUGCUUGCAGGUUCAAGCAAUAAGUGCAGGAGUUUUUUUCUUUAGGUGCACAGUAUGCAAUAAUAGUGACAUAUUUCAGAAAGAGAUGUUGAGAAUGGGAAUUCAUAUUCCUGAAAAAGAUGCAUCUUGGGAAUUAGAGGAAAAUGCUUAUCAAGAGCUUCUGCAGCACUAUGAGCGUUGUGAUAUGCAAAGAUGUCGUUGCAAGGAAGGGCGAGACUACAAUGUGCCUGAUAGCAAAUGGGAAAUAAAGCGCUGUCAGUGUUGUGGUUCUAGUGGAACGCAUUUAGCCUGUUCCUCACUACAAUCGUGGGAACAAAAUUGGGAGUGCUUGGAAUGUAGAAGUAUUCUCAACAAUUCAGGGGGUUUCCAAAAAGCCAAAAAACAUACAUUGCCCAACACUAAUAAUGUAGGAAUAAAUGAUUGUUUCUUGGAAGAAUCAUCACCUAAAUUACCCAGACAGUCACCUGGAGCCCAGUGUAAAGAUCCUCUGAGGCAAGGCAGCAAAUUUAGAAGAGAUAUUUCAGCAAUAAUUAUAGAGUUAGGAUUUCAAAUUGUUAAAAAAAAAAAAAGAUUAUAUAUCAACAAAGCCAAUAUCUGGAAUAAUGCCUUAGAUGGAUUCAGAAAUCAAAAGUUUAAUCCUUCGUACACAAUGGAAAUAGUAUAUGUUAAUGAAAAUGAUCAUUUUGGAAGAGAGCAUCCUGGAUCAAAGCAAGAAUUUCUGAGUCUUUUAAUGCAACAUCUUGAGAACUCACCAUUGUUUGAAGGGUCCUUGUCAAAGAACUUGUCCUUAAAUUCUCAAGCUCUGAAAGAGAAUCUUUACUAUGAAGCCGGCAAAAUGCUUGCCAUUUCGUUGGUUCAUGGUGGUCCUUCACCUGGUUUCUUUUCUAAAACCUUGUUUAACUGCCUUGUGUGUGGACCAGAAAAUACUCAACCAAUUUUAGAUGAUGUUUCAGACUUUGAUGUGGCACAGAUUAUAAUCAGGAUAAAUGCUGCAACAAAUGUAGCUGACUUAAAUUCAGUUAUGAAUGACUGCUAUAACUACCUAGAGCUUAUUGGAUGUCUAAGACUUAUAACAUCAUUAAGUGAUAAAUAUUUAUUGGCAAAAGACAUACUUUAUUACCAUGUAAUUAAAAGAGUCCAAGCACCUUUUGAAAGUUUUAAGCAGGGUCUGAAAACUCUUGGUGUUUUGGAGAAAAUUCAGACUUAUCCAGAAGUAUUUUAUGGCAUCUUCUGUCAUAAACCUGAGAAUCUUUCUGCAGAAAUCCUUGGUGAUCUUUUUACAGUACACACAUUAUCUGAUGCACAGACUUUGGGGUUUUGGAACAAUUACUUACAGGCUGUUGAGGAUGGUAAAUCUGCAGCAACAAUGGAAGACAUUCUUAUUUUUGCAACUGGUUGCAAUUCCAUUCCACCUGCUGGAUUUAAACCCACUCCUUCAAUUGAGUGCCUUCAUAUGGAUUUUCCUGUUGGAAACAAGUGUAAUAACUGUUUAGCUCUUCCAAUCACCAAUACAUACAAAGAAUUUCAAGAAAAAAUGGACUUUGCCAUAAGAAGCACUCUAAGACUAGAAAAGGAAGAAAGUUCUCAUUAUGUUGGACAUGAAGAUGUUUUGAACAAAGAGAUGCUUCUUUAAAAGCUGCUGUUGAUAUUUUUUUGUUUCAGAAAUCGCUAAUCAUCACUUUUGAACAAACUUGUCAGCUUCUAGGCCCAAUAAAGUUUAUGGUGUGGACAUAAAGGAAUGUUUUUGCCAUUUAAUCUAAACAAACUUGUUAAGGUGUACCAGUCAAUGUUGAUGAUGUUUUUCUAUUUUCUUUAUAUGCUUCAAACUUCAAUAUAUAUACUCUUAGAAUGUCUAUACAGACUUCCUUCAAGUAUAGUAGCAUGGUAUAUAUAAGAAAAAAAGCUUGUACUCACUGUUUUUAUAAAUUUGGAUUAGUUAUAGGAUGCCAGAAUGAUUUUUCUAGUGUUAUGCAAUUUUCAAAUUAUUAUUUUAAAACACUAAAUAGAAAAGCUAAUUGAUAAAUCCUGUGAAUAUAAAUCAAAGGCAUACAUUCUGGAGUAAGUGUUAUAUGUAUCCUGUUAUAUGUAUCCUUUCCUAGGAUGGCACUAAAUUCGUUGUCAAAAGUAUUUUUAGAUUACUGAUUUAUAUUAAAAUAGUCCCAAAUUGCAAUUAGAUUAUGCCUAAUGGGAAGUAUUACGUAAGAAGCAGAAUUGUACAAAUAUUCUACAAUCUAUGGAUAUUUCAUAGUCUUAUAAACACUUCUGAGAUGGAUAAAAUAUAGUUGAAAAUAACUUAGAAAGUGUCUUCUUUAAAGCCUGGGUUUUAAUUGUAUAUUUUUGUUCUGUUUGGUAUUAAACCACAUUAUGUCUGAUCCAUAAUUAUAUGUAUUUGAAUGAUCUCUUUGAGUUGCCAUGAUAGAUUUGGGCACCAUUGCAUUGUAUAGCUAUCUUCAUUGCUCUUGAAAGGCAUCUGUUAAUAUAUAGGCAAUAUAGAAAUAUGUAAGAAACAAUAGAAUGACAACCCAACUUUAAUCUCAGUAUGCAGUAUUAACUACUGUGUUGUGUUUCUGUGUAUUGUACAAACUUUUAUGUUGUUUUUUUACCUUUGUCAAUGUUACUAAAAGUCAAAGAAUACCUAAAAGUAAUAAGAUAUCACGCAAUAACAAUUUGAAGACAUAUAGGUCGUAUAGUCAUGUCCCCGUAUUUAUACUCUUGCAAAAGAAGACAUUGGAAAAAUCUACUGUCCCUAAUCUGUUUUCAAAUGUAAAUGGGUUUUCCACUAAAGUAAAUCAUAUGAGAGGUAAAUUGCUUGUUUGUAAUUACAUUUUUUCUUGAUACAUAAAGCAGCUAUCAGCUAUCAUAUUCUCAUCCUCCCCAAGAAACAUCCUUAAGUUACUGAUAACUUUUAAAGAAAAAUAACAGGAUUGAUUUGAUACUAGCAAUGUCUCUUAAUACCAAAGGAAAAUGAAAACAUAAUCCUAGUGUAAUUUUCUUUGUUACAUUUACUAACAGACCCAGCAAAUUAAAGUUUCACUUUCAUUUGAAGUUUUUAAGAACAUUAAACAAGGCAUUUCCUUGUCUUGUGUUAAUUUAGAUUACUGAAAGUAAUUAAAGGACCUGUUAUAAAAAGAAGUUUGAAUAUAAACCACAAACUUGCCAUAUAGCUUUAAUUACAAAUGUGUUGAUAAAUUGGAUAUUUUAUUUCUUAACCUACCUUGUAUUUAUAAAAUUUAAAAAGUCAUUAAACCAAUACAAACAAAAAAAAAUAAUUGAAGCUAUUUUCUGGUUAUUUGUAGUUUUAAUUAAUUUCCCCUACAGUGGUCAUUAAAGCUGAUCAGCAUUCACACACGUUUUGGAUGGGGAGGAGUGGGAGGGAGGCAGAGUGCUUGGCUUGGCUGCAAUUAAAAACAGAUUCUUCAUUUC